AUGGAGAACAAUUCUGGAUUUUCUUCGUCACCAAGGAGUAGUAGUGAUUCAUUCCCAGCUGGUUUGAGGGUUCUUGUUGUGGAUGAUGACCCAACUUGGCUUAAGAUUCUUGAGAAAAUGCUCAAGAAAUGCUCCUAUGAAGUGACGACGUGUGGUUUAGCAAGAGAAGCCCUUGAUCUGCUUCGAGAAAGAAAAGAUGGAUUUGACAUAGUUAUCAGCGAUGUUAAUAUGCCGGAUAUGGAUGGUUUUAAGCUUUUGGAGCAUGUUGGACUGGAAAUGGAUCUUCCCGUCAUAAUGAUGUCUGUUGAUGGGGAAACAAGCAGGGUCAUGAAAGGUGUUCAGCAUGGGGCAUGCGAUUAUCUUCUCAAGCCAAUAAGAAUGAAGGAGCUUCGCAAUAUAUGGCAGCAUGUCUUUAGAAAAAGAAUACACGAGGUCAGAGAUAUUGAAUUCCACGAUGGCUGCAGCAUGGAUGAAAUCCUCAUGUUGAGACAUGGUUCUGAGUUCCCCUGUGGAAGCUCUGACUCAACUUCGGGAAAGAAAAGAAAAGAUUUUUUUGACAGCAAGCAUGAUGACAGAGAAUUAUGUAACAAUGAACCUUCAUCCUCUGUCAAAAAAAGUAGGGUAGUGUGGACAGUGGAACUUCAUCAGAAGUUUGUUAAUGCAGUACAUCAGAUUGGUUAUGAAAAAGUGGGUCCCAAGAAAAUAUUGGACAUGAUGGCUGUUCCUUGGUUAACAAGGGAAAACGUAGCUAGCCACUUGCAGAAGUAUCGGCUUUACCUUGGUAGGCUGCAGAAAGAGAAAGAAUUAACAGCCUCAUUUGGAGGAGGGCUGAUGAAGCCUGAUAUCUCACUGUCGAAAGAACAACCAAAUGGGAAUAACUGCAUUCAGAAUGUAAUGAAGAAGCAACACUGUGAUCUUAGAAGUUGCAGCAACUACAGUGCAAGUGGAAACAAGAAUAUCAUGCACAACUUUGACUUCAAACUUCAUGAGAGUGACAUGAAGUGUACUCUUCCGAUGAUGCCUAGCGCAGAACCACCCAAGAGACCAUCAAGUGUAGAUAAUAAUUCUGAUCCUCAAAAAAGUAGCAGCAGCAACACAAGGAUAGGGGGCCUCAAUCAUUCUUCCUUUGGGAAACUUGAUGCAGAUGCAAAAUAUGCGACAACAAUCCCAAAACAGUAUAGUAGUUGGGACACAGAAUGUUCGCGGCAAGGUCAGAUCGGUCAUCUCCAGCCAAAGAGCGGGUUCAGUCCUCAGUCUAUGACAACUACUUCACUUGCACAGAAUAGCCAACUUAAGUGUUUACAACCUACCACUACUUCCCUUAACCCUAAUCCUCCAAGCAUAGAAAGAAACAAAUCAGCAGAGCUAGUAAAAUCGAGUCUGCCUGCCAAUGCAAACAGCAGAGGCCGAGUCUGGAUUAGACCGUUGUUGUCUCCCUUGGGAAAUACAGACUUGUUAACAAAUGAACAAGGUUUCAAGUCAAGCCUGGGUGGGGUGUGGAGCAUGCACCUGCAUAGCUUAGAUCAGCGUAUUGAAGGCAGCGGAGAAUCUGCAGUAGCUAAAAGUCAAAACAGCGCAAGUGCAUUGACCUCGGCAUCUUGGGAUGACAAUCCGUAUUGUAAUUCUCUUCUUCAAGGUGAAUUUCCACCGACUGAUACAGUUCCUGAUUUUGUAGAAUCCUUAAACUACAGUUCUCCGGAGCUCACUGCUGAAGAAGUUCCAGCCUUCUUCAACGAUUCGCUGAAGAACGACUACGAGUAUCCUUUUGAGUCAGUGAUAGAUCAAGGUUUAUUUAUAGUGUGA